AUGAUGGACACAUAUCACGGACACGUACGGACGCCUGCAGACGCGAUCAAGCUAUUCGAAGCGUGUCGUCUAGGCUUGUUACCACGAGUACAGCGAAGACUUUCCGAGAAGGAGAGACAGUCAAUCAAGUCGGGAUCAGUAUUUGUAUGGGAUGAGCUGGAAGCGGGAAUGAGAAGAUGGACCGAUGGGAAAUCAUGGAGUGCCAGCAGAGUUUCCGGAAGCUUCUUGACAUAUAGAGAGAUGGAAGGGAAGAGAGGUGGAGGAGGCUUUGCACAAACACCAGUACGAAGAACGACGGGAAAGACACCAGAUAGUGGCAAAGGAAGUGAUGAGGACCUGGAUAUGGAUGGCGAGGGACCAGAUGGGUACAGAUACAAGCCGGACGGGUUGAUGAAGCAAUCAUUCAGCAUCACUACAACGACAAACAGACAUCUUCAUCUGAUCAGCUAUUACUCUCGGCCAAGCCAUAACUCCCCAGAGCUUCUACAGCCAACAACGGAUCCAGCACUUCGGCACAUCGUCCCAGUUAAAGGAUUGUACCCAGAGUCAACUGUACACGAGGCACAAGGUCCACCAGUCACUCGAAGUCCUAUGCAGCACAGCCCAUAUAUGCAACCCCAACAUCCAGUACAACAUCUUCAAGCUUCCCCAGGUCAUCGAGGUCAACCAUAUGCAUAUCAAAUGCCUCCAGCAUAUUCAUGGGGGCCACCAUCUCCAAUGUCAACGCCCCCAUACCCACAAUACCAAGGCCAUAUGUAUAACUCGGCACUUCCACCCCCACCACCUUACCAACAACACAGCCCCCGUCAACAACAUGGAGCACCUCAAUACCCGAUGAAUGGUCAGUCAACCGCGUACGAUCGUCCACCACCGCAUAUUUCAGAUCCUUCACAUCCACCACCACCUAGUCUUCGAGGCAUGAGUACCGCUACCGCACAGAAUCUGAUGCCACGAUAUGCAGGUAUGCCACCGCGCGUAGACCAGAGGAUGCUUGCUCAACAACAGGCACAACUUGCCCAAGGUGCAAUGUUGGCGGUUGGAAGAAUGAUUGAUCCUAGACUUGGAGAACCGAGACUACCACCGGUGCAGAUCAACUCUCCACCCAGACAAUCAACACCACCACAGACCAAGUCAACCUCUCAGGCCACAACACCUAAAUCAAACAAAGGCCCAUCAUCACCAAAAGGCGGCAGUCCCAAACCCAACAACGCCGAAUCAAGCACGCAAGCUCAAAGCAUCCCAAGCAUCUCGGCCUUGGUCCACGCCACCGACUCCGUCAGCGUCAUGUCCGACAACAAAAGCAACAGCUCCCGUCCUGGCAGUAAAUCACCACGUGAAACCCCCCGCGACGUGGAGAAGCCAAAGGAUAUCCCGCACGACAAGCUUAAUAUCAUUGGUGAGGAUCAACGCGCCAUCCGCGUGCUCGAUCGAAAGUUUUUCUAA